GACGAGCGGAUGCUAGUUUAGUAGCCGUCUAGGUGACCAGAGCGGCGCACGCGCCUAUGAUGCAACCUUUGGUUAUCUCAAAUUAGAGGUUGUAACACAAAUCUUUUGAAAAAGUUCGAAGUUCAAAUAUUUAUUUUUUCUGUUGAAGUCGAAGGUUUAGAGAAACGCGCGCGUAAAUUUUUGGCGGUUUCGUGGUGUUGCUUGUUGAAAAUAAUUGUGUUACUUUUUUGUUACUGCAAUCUUUGGAUAAAUAAUUCAAGAUGUUUCAAGGAGGCAUUUGGUCGAAGCUCCAGAAAUACUACAAGUGGUACGUGCUCGGUCUGGUCUCCAUCGGUUACAUUCUAGGGGAGCUGGGGCACUACCUUAUUGGCACGACGUCAAAGGUGACGGCGGAAGACCUGCACUACGGCGACAAAGCUUGCUUACUCAACGCUACACACCUGACGCUCAGCCAGCUGCCAAUAGUCUGCGAAAGCGUUAAUUCUUCAGAAAUAUGCGAGACAUUAUCGUUGAACGGCAGCAGAUAUUGCGAGUGGGGCUACAACGGGCUGGGCAUAGACUACCAGGUGCUGGCUGGACCUGCCUUCAUGGCGGUCUUCACGGUGGUCGGAGUCAUUCUCGGAGUGGUGGCUGACAAGUAUAACAGAGCGCGGGUGCUUUCCGUAUGCACCUUAGUCUUCGUAGUAGCCAUACUCCUCAUGGGCACAGUAACAGAAUACUGGCACCUGGUGAUACUUCGCAUGGUGAUGGCGGCGGGCGAGUCCGGGUGCAACCCCCUAGCUACCGGGAUCCUCACCGAUCUGUUCCCGGAACACCAGAGAGCGCUGGUGCUGUCAAUCUUCAACUGGGGCAUUUAUGGUGGAUACGGUAUCGCCUUUCCAGUUGGAAGAUAUAUCCCUGAUCUCAACGCGUGGGGAUUGAGUUGGCGUCUGUGUUACUACGGUGCCGGAAUCAUCGGUUUAUUCAUCGCCCUACUUACAUUCUUGACUCUUCGCGAACCAGAGAGGACCACCAUUGGAGAAGAAGAUGCCGGCAACAAUAAGACCAACGACGCGUCUCUGGAGGCCGGUAAGAAGAUGCCUCAGGUCACCAUCUGGCACGUCAUCGCCCAGCCGAGGAUCCUGCUCCUCUGCAUAGCUGCUUCCAUCAGACAUUGCGGUGGUAUGUGCUUCGCAUACAACGCUGACCUGUACUACCGCGACUACUUCCCUGAUGUGGAUCUGGGCUGGUGGCUGUUCGCUGUCACCGUCGGCAUCGGCUCCGUUGGUGUCGUAGCUGGAGGUGUUAUAUCUGACAAGUUCGUAGCAAAGAUGGGUGUGCGCUCGCGAGUGCUGGUACUCGCGCUGUCGCAGCUGAUCGCGACCCUGCCCGCCUUCGGCUCCGUAGUGUUCGGCCCGCUGUGGGCCAUGAUCACUUUGGCUAUUUCCUACUUCUUCGCUGAGAUGUGGUUCGGCAUUGUGUUUGCUAUUCUCGUGGAGAUAGUGCCUUUGUCUGUGCGCUCCACUACCGUGGGAGUCUUCCUGUUCGUCAUGAACAACGUGGGUGGAAAUCUGCCCAUUCUGGUGGACCCCGUCUCCAAAGCCAUCGGCUACAGAGAGGCCAUCAUGAUCUUCUACGCGGGAUUCUAUGCGAUCAGCAGUAUACUAUUCUUCCUGACGAUGUUCCUGAUGGACGGGCCAGUGGAGCCCCGCCCGGAACUGCCGAAGCCCACCACAACUGGCCUCGAUAACCGAGCCUAUUCUCACGACGAGCUAAACAAGACUGGAAGAAGUCUUCCAUCAGCCCCAGACGCGAGUAGACUAUGAAGACUCUAAAACUACAAAUUUUACGACCUUAAAAUAUUGCCAUAUGUAUGGCUUUCGUCUGUGUUCUUUGUAUACAAGGUUCUACUAAUUACUCUACAUUAAAUGAGUAAAUAUGUGUGGAAUCCAGCGAAGGCAGUAGGUUUUGAGCACUAUCCAAAAUACUGCCAGAUGUAUGGCUUUCACCGGUUUCUUUAUAUACAAGGUUCAGCAAAUUACUCCACUCUAAAUAUCCGUGGCAAAGAUGAGACAGUAGAAAUAAGUGACGAUCCAGCCAUCUUCUGGCCAGAACUCAAAUUACUAUGCGGAAGCUCUUGCAACAAAACUGUGUUAUUGGCUGCAAUCUUCUACGUGGAGAUUACUUCUCUAUUUUUAGCGGAAAGUCCGCAGAGUCAUUCAUCAUAACUGCCUAAUAUUACGUGGAGCAGUUAGAAGCAAUAGCAUUAAAAAUGUGAAUAUAGUUAUUGUUUGGAUGCGAAAGGGAUAAAACUUGCCUAAAGCCUAUCAAUGAAAAUAAUUCCAGAACUAUGUUCACGGAAACGAGUUAGUGUUAACGAAAGCUAAGCUUUUCUGUCAUUGCCCAGAUAGUAUUGUUGUCGUUAAUAUGGCAAAUAAUAAACGAAAGCUCCUUUUUUCAGUUUUUUUAGUUUUCAUUGAGUAAACUUAUAAACGAGGGGACUAUAGAAUUGUACAUAUUUUCGAAUGGAAAAAUAGACUCAAAUAAUACCAAUUGUAUGGCAAGUAGGUCACAAGCUAGAUACAAAUUCGACCGAAUGCUGAUUGGUGAGUUGUAAUCGCUAUAAAUGCUGGUACCAAUGGCUUAUCUUAAUGUGCUUGGUAAUGUUCUCGUCAGGACAGGAGUUAAUUAAAGGCAAAAACAAAUAUCAAUCCUGAAGCAUCCUUAAAUGUUUAUAUAUUGAUAUAAGAAAUACCGAUAAAGCAGUUAUAUCACCGUAAGGAUUGAGAUCAAGUCUCAUUACAAGUUAUGGUGUAGGAAAAACCAACAAUUGCUAUUUUAAUAUUAAGUUGCACUUUUUCUAUGCAGGUGAUCAGAUACUUGUUAUAAAAAGUAUUUUCAAUCUUUUUGACUUUAAUUUAUAAACUAUUAUAAUAAUUUUAAGUAUGUUUUAUGUAUGAAUGCAAUUAAUUGAAAUUAACUUUAAAAUUUAGAAACGAAAAUGUUUAUAGUUAUUUGUGACUUCAAGAAAGCUUAGUACUUAUGUUCAUAGUUUUUGUAUACCAAAGCAAUAAAUAAAAUUUAUAUCAUCUCAUUGAGUCUUUGCCUUGAUGUGAAAUAUGGUGUUGAUUUCUGUUAAAUUCCCAAUUAUUUUGAAACCCACAAUUCCUAGAAUAAAAUGCUCAUUUACUAAAUGGUAUAAAUGUUAAAAGUUGUACCUACUUACUGAGGGAUGCAGUUGCAAUGUGAUAUGAUUUUGUAAAUAUUUAUUAUGCAAUUAAGUGUAUUGUAAAUAAAAUAAAAAACAUUAUAAUACUUUUGGGUUUUUUAUUACUUUUAUUCUUUUCUAUUCAUCUAUAGAUGUUAAAACUUUGCUCUUCCCCUGUUUUUUAUAUUUGUAUAGCUUCUCUUUUCUUCUUGAUUUCCAAUAUUUUGUUUCUUCUUUUGACAAAACAUACUCACCAGUCAACACAACAGAGUUAAUUUUAUCUAAAACGGAGAAACAAAAUAAAUUAUACAACACAUU